AUGAUCUCACAUUCGAGUAUCAACAUCAACGCUUUCCCUAACGUCCAUCCCAACCAUGUAAAGAGAACUACCCAACGCCCUGUUGAUGAUCCCGCCGCCCUGGUUCUAGAGGCAUGGUCUCAGGGGCUGAUGGCGGGCUCCCUUGUAAUCAUGGCCGCUGUCACAAUUGCAAAUAUGCGACCUGGCGUCCUACUGCAUAAAUUGAUUCUUUUGGAGAUAUUAUACCAUUCCCCUGGGCAAUUGGCAUUGAUUCUGGCGACACCCCAUGGAACGUUUAUCUUCGCCCCAGAUCCAGUAUACGGAUGGUAUCUAGCCUCCACCGCGAUAGGAUUGAUUUUCUCCUGGUCUUUGCAUAAUGUGAUUUCAUGGAUGAAAAACAGACCCUUUAUGAGCCGCAAGCUGUCACUUUUCUAUAUCGGUACUAUCAUCCUGGCGCAGCCAUACUGGGCGACCGAGAUAUACGCCAACUUCGCCUACUUCAACAAUAUUAAUCUCACUGUCUAUGAAAGGAUUAGGCCUUGGGAGGCAAUGUUUCGCGAUCCCUGGUGGAUUUACACGACCUGUAAUCUCUUUUGGGUGAUCAAAAAGCACUAUAACUUUGGAAUAAUCGGGCUGGUGCGCGAAUGUCCCCGUUUCGGUCUAAUGCUGGGAUCAAUGUGCCUCUCGAUUUUCUUUAUUGUUGCCGACAUCCUCAGCGUGACUGGAAUUCUUUCGGCUGCCAUGCCCCUGGGCAUCAGCCCGUUCUGCAAGGUAAGCUCGCCGACAGGCAACCUGUGCUUUAUGUUCAAGUGCCUCUGUGACACUAUUAUCUUAGACGACUUCAAGACUUCGCUGGACAAGCUUAGAGCUCAAUGGAUGAUGCGACAGGGUAUACAGGUAGUUCAUUCUCUG